GCACCGUUCAGUCGAACACAUCCGUUUAGCGCGAUCGCUCGGGAGUAUACCGUGUGCGCCAAAAAAGCACACCUCCCACCAGUAGUGGUUAGUCGUAGUUUGCAGGAACAAAUUUCAUAUUAUUCCGAUUACUUGUAGACAUAUAUAAAUAAAAAAAAAAAAAAAAAAAAAAAAAAGUAUUAACAAUAAUAUUACAAUCACCAGAAUAAUAACGAACAACUUUUACCAUUUAGUCCGUGCGUAUCUCGCGUGCAAUUCGACGUUUCUCCGCAACCGUGCACUCCAGUCGCGUAUGUGCGCGCGUGUUUACACCCGUAUACCGUCGUAUACCUGCUGCUGCCGAUCGCGUCGAUCGCCGUAGCCGCCGCCGUUGCCGCUGCUCUGGGUCUUAACUGCGGACGACACCACGUGAACGUCGUCUACAUCCGUUGAACCGUUCAUUUUUUAAUUCCCGUUGUGUGUGUCCGCGUGUGUCUCCGUCUUCUCCGUCUCUCUAUUACGUAUAUUGCAAAAUCGUAUCAAUCUCUCUUCUGUCGUUCGUUUACGCGCGCUUCUCGUUCGCUCGCCCCGUGCCGUCUCCCUUUGCCGAUCAAACGGUAAAAACGCCACCACCGCUCCCGUCGCACCGCUAAGGACUCUGCGUGCCGCGAUCGUCUCCGUCGCCGCAAAGAACUUCGUCCGUCAAAAGGAUCCAAACUCGUAAACCGUGUGCGUGUGUGUGCCGUCGCCGCAACUCACUCGUUCGAUUUGCCAAAGUAUUUCGUUAUCGUAGUGCUUCGUCGUACGCAUUAUCACGCGACAACCCUUCGGUCAAAAGUCACUUACAAAUACACACCCCUGCACCCGUACGUACGCACUAUAUCUGCAGACACAUACUUAAACACGUGCGCGCUCUAAGCCUGUACUAGUCGUUUUUCGAUUUUCACUAAAACCGCGGAACAAUCUAUAUAAAUUACGAUGGAAUCGCAAAGCCAGGAUGCAGUGACCGUGGCCGCGGAGGUUCCCAACGACCCUGGGAAAAUGUUCAUUGGCGGUCUUAGUUGGCAGACUAGUCCAGAAUCGCUGAGAGAAUAUUUCAGUAAAUUUGGAGAAAUUACUGAAGUCAUGGUUAUGAAAGAUCCGACAACUCGCCGAUCAAGCCGUGUUGCUGUAGCUGAUCAGUCCGCUGGAAACGAAAACGAGCUGAAAUAUGUGUCAAGGGGAUUCGGAUUCGUCACUUUCGCAGAUCCGUCCAGUGUGGAUAAAGUGCUGGCGCAAGGGUCACACGAGUUAGACGGCAAAAAAAUUGAUCCAAAAGUGGCAUUUCCACGACGAGCACAUCCGAAGAUGGUGACUCGAACGAAAAAAAUCUUUGUCGGUGGUUUGUCGGCGCCAACAACGUUAGAGGAUGUCAAAAACUACUUUGAACAAUUUGGACCGAUCGAAGACGCGAUGUUAAUGUUUGACAAACAAACAAAUCGACACAGAGGAUUCGGCUUUGUGACGUUCCAUUCGGAAGAUGUAGUAGACAAAGUCUGUGAGAUACAUUUCCAUGAAAUCAACAGUAAAAUGGUGGAAUGUAAAAAGGCGCAGCCGAAGGAAGUAAUGCUGCCGGCGAAUCUGGCGAAAACGCGAGCAGCUGGCCGCGGAACUUACGAUUUUAUGUGGCCAUUGGGGACCUUGCCUGACGGUUUUCCGGCAGCUGCGUACGCAGCGUACGCCUCUAGCCGAGGUUUUUCGGGUUACCCUAGUUUCGGACUCUCGUAUCCAGCAGGGGUUGCUAUUAUCGGGACCAGGCCUCGUUGCGGUAUUACUCCAGCCCAAUGCCAUAACGUGAUGAGCAAUUACCACCAUCAGGCAGCCGCGGUCGCCGCACAAGGUUUCGGGCCACCAGCGUCGCCGCACUCCGGCGGCCCCGGCAACCCGCGAGCCACCGCGUUCCCGCCGGCCACGUCGCCCGGCCCCGGUGCCCCGUCCACCAUGGACAUGUACAGCUCGAACCCGGCCGAUUACGUGCAAGCAGCGUCACCGCAACCGUCCGCGUUCCCCGCGAUCGCCGUCUCACGUGGUGCGCCACUUAAUUACAAUGCUGUAGGGAGCUUUGAUUCCGGCCGCUUUUACCAAUGGGUACCAUUGAACAACGCAAGAGUCAAUAAAUUUCUUCCAUCGUAAGGUUGACCGAUAUUAGUCACCCCUACGCGUGUGAUUUGACUCAAUAACUCACAACUAUCACCAGAGAUAUAAAUGUCUCACUCACUCUCACUUACACCAAAGGUUUUCUUUCUCAAUAAUGCUAUUAAUAAUAAUCGUUUCUAUAUUAUAUUAUAAUUAUA